AUGGGCGACGCAUGGUGCCCAUUGCAGGGGCUGCUUCUUGGGCGAGAAGGCCCUUCCUCCCUCGUUUUGUUGCAAUUCAUUUUGCCCUUCUCAGUUUCGGACGUUUCGAGUCGGUUUGCCGUUCAUUUCGAGCUUGAAUUUUUCUCGGUGCUGACACUCGAAGACAUCGCACUUUCACUGAAACGAUGUUCGGGAAAUCGCCGUUUGGCGCCUCCAAUACGUCUGCUUUUGGAAGAAUUUUUCUCGGUGCUGACACUCGAAGACAUAGCACAUCCACUGAAACGAUGUUCGGAAAAUCGCCGUUUGGCGCCUCCAAUACGUCUGCUUUUGGAAGCAGUUCGUUGUUUGGUUCGACUGCGAAUCGACCAGCAACCGGUUUCGGGGCGCAAACAACGACGCAAGGCUCAAGCCUGUUUGGACAAAAAUCACUUUUCGGCUCUUCUGGCCAAACAACAUCACUUUUCGGAAGUACUCAGCCAGCAUCCACGUCAUCAACGUCACUUUUUGGCCAGUCAAAGCCGUUGUUCGGCUCAUCGACCACCUCACAGUCAUCCGGUUUCGGCACCAGCGGCACGUCACUGUUUGGAACCACUCAAACCACACAGCCCACUGGCGGCCUUUUUGGAUCCGGCUUUGGAGCAUUUGAACGGUAUCUCUUUAGCAUCAUCGGUUACUGGAACGACAGUCAAAUUUGAGCCACCAUCAGGCACCGAUACAAUGAUUCGUAACGGCACAAAUCAAACAAUAAGCACCAAGCAUAUGUGCAUCAGUGCGAUGAAACAGUACGAGAGCAAAAGUUUGGAGGAACUGCGAUGUGAGGAUUACUUAGCAAAUCGCAAAGGUCCUCAAAGUGGCGGAAUAACAUUCGGUCAAACGUCACAGCCUUCGACCUCACUGUUUGGUACCAGUGCAACGACAACACAGUCAUCACUGUUCGGCCAAAAUAAACCUCUUUUUGGAAGCUGUAAGUUUGCCAUUUCCCUCAUUUUCAAAUUUUCGCUGAUGAUUUUAUAA